UUUUCUCAUUACCAUAUUGCACGUAAUUGAAGUAAAGUGUAAUCAUAAGAAGCGAUGGCUGCCAACGGGGUAGAGAAUUUAUUUGAAAAUUUAGAACUGCAACUUUCAGAAGUUGAGAUGCUUCGAUCUAUGUAUCCUGAAGAGGAAGAACUUAAAACAGAUGACCAAGUUCUCAUAGAUAUUCAAGAAUUUUGUUCUGGUAUAACAGAUAAGACACCAAAUGGUCUGAACUUUUCAGUGACCGUAACUGUAAACUGUCAUUCAGAAAUGUAUUUGAUCGAAUUAUCGUGCUAUUUUCCUCAAGAAUACCCAAAUGAAAAACCAGAGAUCUUCGCCAGAUCUCAGAUACUUAACAGAGACAUACAGAAAGAGUUGAAUGAUGACUUGAAUGUGCAUAUUUCAACACUUGCUCGUGGAGAACUUUGCACUUUACCAGCUAUUCAAUGGGUCAAAGACAAUGGAGAACUAUAUAUUGCAAAAAACCAAAACUUGAAAGCGGUUACACUUACGGAAAAAAGUAGAGACGCAAAUAAGUGUAAGAGUAAAAAGGAUACAUCGUUCUUGAGAAUGUGGUUGUACAUGCAUCACAUUUACAGUAAAACAAAGCGAAAGGAUAUCCUUCAAUGGGCUUCAGACUACAACCUCACUGGCUUUUGUCUGCCCGGAAAACCUGGAGUUGUUUGUUUGGAAGGAGACGAGUACAACGUUGAAGAAUACUUUAGUCGCUUGCGUCGACUUAACUGGAAGAAAAUAACAUGUAGACGUAGGGAGAAGGGAGCAGCCGACAAGAGCAUUGAUGAACAAAGAAGAUUUACAGGGUUUGAUGAACUUUUUUUCGAAAUUCAUGGCACUAGAGAAAAUCACAUGGACAUGGGACAGUUUCGACAUUACUUAGAUCAGCAUGAUCUAGGUUAUAUAUUUCAGAUUCUGUUUGGUAUUGAGGGUAAAACUACCUUUGAUGGUUUAUAGUGGUCAGUGUUGUGAAGAAUUAAGGAAGAUUUGAUGCAUCAAAAAGACUAAGGAAAUAUUUUAAAAAUCAAUAAUGGCUAUGAAUAAACCACUUAAAUCUUGGUCCAGUCAUCCCAGACCUCUAUAUGCUAUACAUCCUAUAAUUUGUGUAGGUUCCUAUAAAGAGCCCUUAUUUCAUGAAAUCCUCCCAUAUUUCCUGUAAAAUAAAUAAACCACGUAUAUCUUGGUCCAGUCAUCCCAGACCUCUAUAUGCUAUACAUCCUAUAAUUUUUAUAGGUUCCUAUAAAGAGCCUUUAUUUCAUGAAAUCCUCCCAUAUUUCCUAUAAAAUUUAUUGAGAUAGGAGCGAUGACUGUCAAAUUAUGCAUUUAUAUUUUUGAUGCUCUUAUUGGCAUUUUUACAAACAGUGGCUACUCUUUCCUAUGAAUAUUCACUUACUAUUUCUUAUUAUUUGGCAAAGCCCGAAUAAAAAUGAAUUGUAAAAUUGAUGCUAACAAUAUAAUAACAGGCCUCCUGUGGUACUAAAUACUAACAAACUGCUGCUUAGGUUUCAUAUUUCAACCAAAUUUUGUUAAACUUCGGAUAAGUUUUAGUACAAUGUAGGCCUUAUGACUUGAGUCUCAGGUUAAACCAAGGUGUAGCACAGGCCUAAAAUUUUAAUUACGACUUUCAGCUAAAAUAUAAAUUUCUUUUGGUUAAGAUUAAAGAAGUUCUAAAAUAUUA